CGAGCAGCCAUGGCCAGCCCGUCCUCGUCCACCGCUCCGCCGUCCGCCUCGGUCGACCACCUCGCGCACGGCAUCCGCGCACUCGCCCUCAAGAGGUGGGCUGACGCCUGCGACCACCUCGCCCUCGCCGUCGAGCACUCCACCAGCACGUACGGCGACCUCUCGCCCGAGAACGUCGACGCCCUCGUCCUCUACGGCAAGGCCCUCCUCGGCAGCGCCAUCGCCCAGAGUGCCGUCCUCGGCGGCGCCGCUCCCAACGACAACCCGGCCGACGCUCCCUCGACCGCCGCUGCCGCCGGCCCGUCCGCGUCGGCCUCUUCCGCCUCGAACGCGGCGGCCGGGCCCUCGAACCACAAGUUCCACUUUGGCGGCGACGCCGAGGACGACGACGAGGGCGAGGGCGAGGGCGCGGACGGUGCGGGUGACGGAGAGGGCGAGGACGAGGGCGGCGAGGGCGAGGACGGUGCGCCGGGGGCCGACCGCGAGGACGACCUCGAGUCGGCGUUCCAGGUGCUCGACAUGGCCAGGGCCAUCAUGCAGAAGGAGGUCGACGCGACCGAGAGCGCCCUCAAGGCUGCCGUCGAGCAUGGGGCCAAGGACAAGUCGGACCGGCUCAUGGCGUCGAGGAGGACCGAGAAGGAGAAGCUCGCCGAGGUGCACCGCUUGCUCGGCGAUGUCGCUACCGAGUCCGAGCAAUUCGAGCCGGCCGUCACCGAGUACUCGGCGGCGCUCUCGGCCCUGUCGACCGUGGUCGCGCCUCACGACCGCGCCCUGUCCGAGCUGCACAUGCUCAUCGCGCUCGCGCUCGACUUUGUCCCCAACGGGACCGAGCGCGCCGUCGAGCACGCCGAGCAGGCCAAGGCCGUCCUCGUCCUCAAGCUCGCCGAGCUCGAGAAGGCGCCCGAGGCCGACAGGGACGACAAGAUCAAGCGCGAGAUUGACGACAUCAAGGGCCUCCUCGGCGACGUCGACAUGAAGAUCGAGGACCUGCGCACCGUGCCGACCGCGCCCGCCCCGACCGCCGCCGACUCGGCCCUCGAGGCCCUCCUGCGCCAGUCGCAGGGCGUCGUCGCCCAGCAGCAGCAGAGCGGCAGCGUCAACGACCUGAGCGGGCUCGUCAAGCGCAAGAAGAAGGCGCCCGAGGCGGCCGUCGUCCAGGAGGAGGUCAAGGUCGAGGGCGAGGCUGCCAAGGGCGGCAACGAGGAGAACGUCGUCAGGCUCGAGGUCGGCGUCAAGGAGGAGGAGCCGGCGGGCAAGGGCGAGGACGAGGUCGAUGCGGCGGCGCCGGCGCCGAAGCGCAAGGCCGAGGACGGCGAGGGCGAGACCGAGGCGAAGAAGGCCAAGGUCGAGCAGUGAGGCGCAGUGCGCCUCUAGACGAGCUUGAUGCAACGCGAUCUGUGC